AUGUCUGCGAGUACAAAAAGUUCUGAGAACGAGCCUAGCUCUAUCGCAGGGGGGCCCCGCACGACAAAGAGCAAAGUACUUGAGACCGGGGCGGGUCUAGUCCAGGACUUCACACCCGUCAAACAGAUCUGCGCACAUCUAAACGCAUUCCACGUCUACGCUCACGAUCCAACUCGAUGUGUGGAGGCCAACCAUUAUUGCACGCACUUGACCGAAGAUGUCCGCCAGUGCCUAAUCUAUGAUUCCCCGGGUGCCAAAGCCCGCUUACUCGGCGUUGAGUACAUGGUCUCACCACGCAUCUUCAAAACCCUUCCACCCGAAGAGCGCAAAUUAUGGCACACUCACGAAUUCGAAGUUAAAAGUGGCAUGCUCAUCAUGCCGGCACCGGCAUCCAUGCCCACUGCCGCAUGGGAGGCGGCGGAAACUGCGGAAAUGGAGGAUGUUGCGCCCAUUUAUGGGAAGACGUAUCAUUUCUGGCAGGUUGAUCGUGGAGAUGUAGUGCCUAUGGGACCGCCGCAGUUGAUGGGAAGUUUCCGGACGGAAGACGACGUGAAGCAGGCAUGUCCAGGCGGACUUGACGAAUUACUCCGGGACCGGGAUGAGAGGUUCGGGGUUGAUUACAAGGCGAAGGCGAAGAAGCGGGAGGGUAUUGCUGCUGUUGAGAAGCAUGAAGACUCGGAUACAAUGUGGAACUAG